AUGCAGGCCCGGGCGGGCCUGCCAGAGGCGAGCCUGGCUGAUGGGAAGGGCCUGCCGUGCCGCAAGGGUGCGCUCGGGAAGCACGACGGCGCUGCGGCCGGCCUCGAUCUCCACGACGGCGCUGAGGCCGCCCUCGAGAUUCCCGGCUCCUCAUCCUCGCCAGAGUGCUGCUCCAGCGAUCCCUGGGACUCUGCAGCCUCCAGGGAUCGCAGCUCCCGCACGAGCCCGACGAACCCGCCCGCGAGCUGCCACACGCAGAGGAUGAGGUACAGCCGAGCCGUCCACUCGUCCUCUGGCAUCUCCCGGAAGUUCACCAGCAGCAGAUCGGCGUCGCGAAGCAGAGCACGAGCCAGCUGCAUGGUGAACUGCUCGCGGGCCGUCAGGUGA